AUGGCUGACCCGUCACAAUACAAGUACCCGUCGCCUCUCGAGGGCUACGAAAAUGCCCCGCCUCUGUCCGACGACAAGGCCGAGGACGGAAAGAGCUUCGUGAACCCCAAGAACGAGAAACUGAGCAAGGCAUACGAUGAAUUCCCAGACCCGCUGAACAAGGGACUACAAGGCGGCUUCGACGUGCAUAUUUACUACCUCCAACAAAACAAAGAGCAAACCCAGUACGCAAGGGAUCUGUGGGAGCGCAUCAGGCGAGAGUUUCCCGAAUUACGGAUCUACCGCGUCUGGGACAAGCCCAUAGGACCUCACCCGGUGGCCAUGUUCGAGGUGAACCUCUUUACCCCGGCGCAAUUCGGGGCUUUCAUUCCGUGGCUGGCUAUCUGGAGGGGCCCGCUGUCGGCCCUGGUGCAUCCUAAUACUGUCGAGGACGGGGAUCACAGGGCAAUCGAGAAGCGGAAUCAUUCGCAGAGGGCGAUUUGGAUGGGGGAGAGGUUCCCGCUGGAUUUGGGGGUAUUUAAGUAA